AGCCCACUGAACUCCAGUGUUUUCUUUCGCAUCUGCCUGGAAGUAGUGCAUCAGUUCAGGCUGGAAGUCACAGUGACCGAAGCGUUAAUUGCUCGCGUUGACAGUACAGCCGUACUCGUCAGCUUAGGCAGCGACAUGGAGAUGGAGCAUUUCGACGAUCGGGACAAAGGUCAGAGGCACGGCCGGUCCAACUCUAAGAUGAACGGGGUGCCUAGCCCCACGCACAGCGCCCACUGCAGCCUGUACCGGACCAGGACCCUGAAGACUCUGAGUGCCGAGAAGAGGGCCAAGAAAGUUCGCUUCUACCGCAACGGGGACCGCUACUUCAACGGGAUCGUGUACGCCAUCUCCUCAGAUAGGUUCCGGACCUUUGACGCACUGCUAGCCGACCUGACCCGCUCUUUAUCUGACAACGUCAACUUGCCCCAGGGGGUCCGGACUAUCUACACCCUGGAUGGCAAGAAGAUCGCUAGUAUUGAUCAGCUGGUAGAAGGUGAGAGCUAUGUCUGCAGCUCCAUUGAGGCCUACAAAAAGCUGGAUUACACAAAAAACGUAAACCCCAACUGGUCAGUGAAUGUCAAGGCCUCGUCCUCUUCAUCACGUGGGCCUCCGUCCCUGAGCUGUGCCAAAGCUUGUGCCUCAGACGGCCGCGAAGGCAAGGACUUCAUCCGUCCAAAGCUAGUAACGGUGGUUCGAAGUGGAGUAAAGCCCCGCAAAGCCGUGAGGAUCCUGCUGAAUAAGAAAACAGCCCACUCCUAUGAGCAGGUUCUGACCGAUAUCACUGAUGCCAUCAAGCUCGACUCUGGGGUGGUGAAGAAAAUCUACACGUUGGAAGGCAAACUGGUUGCAUGUCUGCAGGACUUCUUUGGUGAGGAGGAUAUUUUUGUGGCCUGUGGACCAGAGAAGUUCCGCUACCAUGAUGACUUGAUGUUGGAUGAGAGUGGUAAGGGAAAAGAGUGCCGCAUGAUGAAGUCAGUGACCUAUGGCAAGAUGUCAGGCUCUCUCAACCGAUGCUCUCCCAGGACUGUCAUCCAAUCACAUCGCAGCAAGUCCCCAGCUUCUGUGAACGGGACGCCGGCCAGUCAGCAGUCCACUCCUCAUUCGGGGAAAUCUCCCACCCCCUCCCCGACCAGCCCAGGCAGCCUCAGCCGACGCCAGGGGUCACUGGGUUCCUCCACCUCUUUGUCUUCCGCCCAGGUUUCUAGCCCAGCGGAUGACAGCAAUGACGUCAAUCCUGAAGCUGAGAUUCUCCAGGACGAAGUUCCUGCUGUGCCGUCCUACAUAUCGGACCGCUACAGGGUGGGCCGGAUGCUGGGCGACGGGAACUUUGCAGUUGUGCGCGAAUGUGUGGAGCUCUCUACGGGGAGGGAGUACGCUCUGAAGAUCAUCAACAAGGGCAAAUGCAGAGGCAAGGAACACAUGAUUCAGAAUGAGGUGGCCAUCCUCCGCAGGGUCAAACACCCAAAUAUUGUUUUACUCAUUGAGGAAGUGGACACUUAUAAUGAGCUUUACCUGGUCAUGGAACUGGUCAAGGGGGGAGAUCUGUUCGACGCCAUCACCUCUGCCAACAGAUACACGGAGAGGGAUGCCAGUGGGAUGCUCUACAAUCUGGCCAACGCCAUCAAAUACCUCCACAGCCUCAACAUCGUGCACAGAGACAUCAAACCAGAAAACCUGCUGGUGUAUGAACACGCAGAUGGCAGCAAAAGUCUGAAACUGGGAGACUUUGGUUUGGCGACGGUGGUGGAUGGACCCCUCUACACGGUCUGCGGGACCCCAACAUAUGUAGCACCUGAAAUUAUUGCAGAGACAGGGUACGGCCUUAAGGUGGACAUCUGGGCAGCUGGAGUCAUCACCUACAUCCUAUUGUGUGGUUUCCCACCUUUUCGAGGGAGCAGUGAGGAUCAAGAAGCCCUUUUUGAUCAGAUACUGAUGGGGCAGCUUGAAUUUCCUCUUCCAUACUGGGACAACGUGUCAGAGACAGCAAAGGAUCUGAUCCGGUCCAUGCUGGAGGUGGAGGUGGACCAGAGAUACACUGCCCUGCAGGUGCUGGAGCAUCCUUGGGUUACUAAUGAGGGUCUGUGUGAAAACGAACACCAGCUGUCUGUAGCGGGAAAGAUAAAGAAGCACUUCAACACUGGGCCCAAGGUCAACGACACCAACGCUGGGGUGUCAGUCAUUUCUCUGGAUGACAGCUUUUCUAUGCAGCGAUCUGGGUCGUUGGAUUUCUACCAGCACCCAGCUAUGUACUGGAUAAGGCCACCCCUCUUGAUAAGGAGGGGCAGGUUCUCAGACGAGGACGCCACCCGAAUGUGAAGCCGUUGCCUUUGCAGAUGAUCCAGACUGUGAACGCAGAAACGACAGCGAGGGCACUCCGGCCUGAGCCUCCCAGUUGCCUCCCCGGCUUGCCCGCAGACCCUCCCUGUCCGACCCCUGACUCUUGCUCCGACCCCUCCUCGGAUCCAAGCCCCCUGUCGGACUCCGAUGAUGUCUCCAUCAGCUCUGUCAGCACCGUCUGCUCCCCCAGCUCACCCUUCUAGCGAUUAUACGGAGGGGGAGGAGGAGGAGAAGUAAGGAGGAAAUCCUCAUCCAGCUCCUCCUGUACAGAGGAGAAGGAAGAGGAGGAAAAGGAGAUGACCCCCCACACCUGACUGUGGGGUCAUCGCAGAUAACUGUGGAGAAAAGACAAUUAAGAGAGAAUUUUUAAAAUCCCCUGAAUCCAUCUAUCCAAUUCAAGAGGAGAGAUUGAUGGAGGGGUGGAAGUAGAAAGAUAGACUUCCUUUUAUUUCUUUUGAACAUUCUCUUAUCUGAGCACAUGUCGAGCUCAAGGAGCAAGAAAGGGCGAGAAUUGUUUGCCUUUCAGUGAUGAUCCGGGCCAAACAUGGAAACUUCCUCACUUCUGGAACGGCUCAAUAUGGCAAUAUGAGAACACUGACCGAUGUUCAUGUUUUAUUGAACUUUAUUUAAUCAUGAUUUAUUUACUAAAUUUUUUUAUACGCAUUUGUCUUUUUCAUAGACGAAAAAAAAAUGUUGUCGUCCUAAAGAGCAUAGUGAAAUAAAAAUGAAGAAGACAUAUGUAGAAAUAGAACUGGGACAUGUUAACAUAGGCGGGGGUAGACUUGGUCAACACUGGAAUCAAAGCUACGAGAAGCAGAAAUUUGUGAAGAUGUUCAGAGACUCGUGCUACAGCCCUGCUCCUUUCGAGCUUCGCCUAACACAGGGUUUACAUGUUACAAAGAUGGUGCAUCUUCUCUCUUCUUUAUACCUGCUAUGGUCACAACAUCUUAAACCAGAAGAUACAGCAGCAUCCAAAUGCUUGUAGCAGACAUCUGAACCACUUUUUCUGAACACACUCAUGUUGCACUGACACUUCAUUGAUCUUUAUUUUCAACCAACGCCACCGUUGUAAUCCAUUAAUAUUAAGCUGCAUCUCGUCAAAUUAGAAGAUAAUUGAAAAGUUCAUUUAUUUCAUCAACUUGAUUCAAACUGUGAAACUCAUAUUUACCAGGUUUAUAACACAAAUUAAAAAUUCAGAUGUGUAUUUUAAUAUUACAUGAUACCCAUAAAAAAAUUUUAACAGCUUACUGAGAAUAUCCAUGUAGCUAUUUUACAGUGUAUUAAUUCAGUGCUUGGUCAGAGGCUCCUUUUGCAUGAACUACUAGAUUAGUGGAGCGUGUAAUGGAGGAGGUCAGCCUGUGGUUCUGCUGAGAUGUUCAGUAAACACAAGUUGAUGUAAUAGUGGCCUUCAGCUCACCUGCAUUGUUGGAAAUAGUGUUUCUCAUCUUCCUUUUGAUAAUAUCUCAUCAAUUCUCUUUCACGUUUAAGUCAGGCAAGUUUCCUGACCAAGUUUGGUGUUGUCAUGAUCAGUAAACAUGGUACUGAAAAUCUAGGCAGCAUGGAUAAGUACCAGGUCCUGCUUACAUCAGACAUCAGCAUCUUCUGCAGAGGGAAGGGAAAAUUCUUGAAUGGACUUUGUUUCAAAAUCAUCUUAAGAUUCCCCAUACACUUUUUUCUUCUACUCAAUUUUCCAUCGGUAUUCUUGUAUACAGCACUUUGUGGAAAGCCAGCUUCUUCUGCAAUUACCUUUUUUUGUCGAUGUUGGUCGGCUGGACAACUAUCAGGUCAGUACUUCCACAUAAUUGUGUAGACUCUCGUAAAAUAACAUUUCCAUUUUAACCUUUUUUUAUUUGUCUUAUGUGAUAAUCUGGUUUUCUAAACAAUAGGAUUUGAGUUUUUCAUUAAUUCAAUUAUCAAUAUUAACAGAAACAAACUAUUUAAAUAUAUUCCUCAGUUUAUAGUAUAUUUUCAGUUGUUGAAUUCAUUUAAUGACAUAAAUGAACUUUUAUUCUGGUUUACUGAGAUGCACCUUUAUGCCAACAUUUAAAAACGGUAUGAUUGUUGUGGUCCAAAUGCUUCUUAAAUGUGUACUCAUGGGUAUGAAGGGGUGCCUAUUUACACAAACGUUUUACAGUCUUUAUACAGUUAAAGAUGACAAAAACAACGGCAGGAUGGAUGAAAACCAGCAGCACUCGUGCAAAGCAGUUAAAGGAUGGAGGAGGACUUGUUUAAGCUCUGUAAACCUCAUUCAUGACUUCAUUUAUUUAGAUGAAAGCAUGACAGACAUACAGUAGCCUAUUCUUAUAAUAAAAAAUGUUUAGUGUUGAAGUAUUGUUUAUAUGUUAUGUAAAUAACAGUUUUAUUUAUUUUGAUAGUUCACAAUACAGUAUAUUUCUUUACUAGUAGUAAAUAUAUGACAAUUGUAAAAAACUAAAAAAAAAAAAGAAACUAAAAAAUGAAACAAAAAGAAUCAUGUCUGACAGUCAAUAAGCAAAAAAAAAAAAAAAGAAUUAUAAAUUCAAUCAUCUGGUUAAAAUGGAGAGAGAGAAAAAAAAAAACUACAGUUGAAAUGAAUAGUAUCAUUUUUACCUGAUGUUGUUUCACCUAGAUAAAUCCACACAGUCAAAUAUACAUUUGUGGGGAAAAAAAUAGAAACCAUCAUUUUUGCUUCAUUGACAGUUCUAACAAAGAUGCCACUCUAUGUGCAACAUCCAACAGUAAUUUUGAUUUUCAGUUACUGAUGUGAAGAAAUACAUAUAAAUACAUCGCUGCACUUGUUUUUGUGUGUGUGUGUUUUUUAGAGAUUUUAAAGCUGUUGUUUCAUUUGUCUUUGUUUCUUCAUUUCUUUCUAUCAUGACAUUUACACAGUAAUGUGCUGCAGUGUGAAUUUGUUGUGGUGAUGAAACCCACACUCUCCGGUACACGGUUAACCAAAGUGCUCUCACUGCUGCUCUACUGCAUUCAGCCUUUCCUGAAUACUGAUACCUGUACCUCUCUUCAUCAAUGGUCUGUCAAUAAUCAAAAGUAAUAAUUAAAACACCUUUAAAAACUAAA